AUGAAUGCAACCUGGAUUGCCAACACAUAUGCCAACAAGUUUAGGGUGAAUCCUUAUAUGAAACUUCAUGACAUAGUGCAGACAAUAUGGUUGGAAACGGGAAUAAGGGUGAGCAAUUUCAUUGCUUACAGGGAAAGAAAGAAGGGACAGGCCCUGAUAGUUGGUGAGUAUGAGGAGCAGUAUGGUCUUCUCCCAAGAUAUGCUGCUGAAAUACUGAAGUCAAACAGGGCAAACACAGUGAAGAUGCAAUUGAAUGCUAAGAUUUUCCAAAGACUGGACCAUUUGGGGGGGCAGCUUUUGGUAGCUGUAGGGAGAGAUGGGAACAACCAAAUGUUCCCUAUAGCAUGGGCUGUUGUGAAGGUUGAGAGUAUAGACAGUUGGACCUGGUUUCUAACUUUGCUAGGUGAGGAUUUAGGGACUGUGCAAGGGGCUAGGUACACAUUCAUAAGUGACCAGCAGAAGGGGUUGCUUGCUGCAGUUGAUGCAGUGUUCCCAGAAGCAGAGGCUAAGAGUUCAACUGAGAAUGACUUUAAUGCAAAUAUGGAUGUCAUGAGGAAUAUAUCAGCAGAUGCAACAGAUGAUUUGAUGAAUAGAAACUACAUGAAAUUAUGUAGGGCCUUCUACAGCACUAUCUCUUGUUGUGAAUCUAUGGACAACAAUAUGUGUAAGGUGGAUGAACCUGAACACUAUGUCAAUGAUUACUUCACAAAAACAACCUAUCUGAAAGCUUAUGAUUAUUUACUAGAACCUUUAGAUGGUCCACAAGAGUGGCCAAGACCUAAGGUGAAGAGAAGAUUACAGCAGGGAGAGGUCAUAGCUACUGGGAAACUUAGGAAGAAAGGGGUUGUCGUGCACUACAGCCUUUGUGGGAAGCAAGGACAUAAUAAAAAGGGGUGCAAGAAUGUCUCUAAAGGUCCUAGCCACAACAAUGAUCAGUCUAACACAGCCCAACAACCUGUUAACACUCAGCAGCCACAAAUGCAGAGCCAUGGUGCAGGAAAUAAUCCCAUUCCCAUGCACAUGAGAGGGGUUGGAUUAUAUACCUACCCUAAUGGCUAUCAAAGAAUUGCAACACCUGUUCAGAGAGCUUACUACAGAGACAAUGGGGGUGUGAACAUACAGUGUACUCUGUCAGCCAAGAUGAGUACCCAUUGUCAAGCCAGCCUUCACAAAACACAUGGCAAAGGAAAGGAGGCAUCACAAACAGUAGCAGCUGAGGUACAAUCCCUUUCUUUAACUUAUAUUAUCAGUUAA